AGAGUAGUAGCCUGAAUACUUCCUAAACCACACACAAUAGUUUAUACAAUACAUCAGAUAUAUUUUUAUCAAAAGAAUAUACCUACCUCGCGGGAUAAAAGACCAAGAAAAGCAAUUAAACAAGGAAAAAAUUAUUUUUCGAUUUUUCAAUUUCUGCCAGCCGGAUUACGUUUGAUACUUCUAUCUCAUUGGCGGGCUGCAGAAGCUGAACUUUGACAAUGGAUCACGUCAGUAAAUUAUUCAAUAAAAAGGUUCUGAACUGGCUGAUUGCCUUCAGAGAUCCUAGGGAUAUCUUAGAGAAACACCCAAGCUUCUUGCUUUGUGAGGUUGCAUUCAUCACUUUUGCUCUUCUGACUCUACAACAUGCUUUGAAGCAUGGAGGCAGAUACAAGUAUCUUUGGAUAGGUACUGUACUACAUGGCUUAACAGUGGAGUCAUUAAGUUAUUUCAUCCCAGACAUUGACAACUUCUGGCAUGCUCAGUCUACUGUCAUGCUUCUUGGAAAAAGACUUCCCCUGCACAUCAUGUGUGUUUACCCAGCUUGGCUAUACACAGCUGCCAUAGCUGUCUCUAGACUGAAGCUGAAGUCCUGGGCUGAGCCCUUUGCAAUGGGCCUAUUGGUUGUGAUGAUAGAUCUGCCAUUUGAUAUCAUGGGAAUCAAACUCCUCUGGUGGACUUGGCAUGAUACAGACCCUAACAUAUAUGACAGACACUAUUGGGUUCCUUGGACGAGCUAUUACUUCCAUGCCACUUUUGCGAGUAGCUUUUGUUUCAUAUUCCAUGGAACACGAAGACUGUUCAGCAACACUAACAACAAGUGGGAGUCUGCCUCUUUCCCAGUGGAGUUGGUCUGUACACUAUUGCCUGGGAUAUUCUCCAUGCCCAUGGGCUGCCUGCAAUUUAUCCCACUUUACCACACCUUGCAUGACGUUUUCCACAUCCAUACUGAGGUCUGUGUUUUCAUUUUGCUGACUACGUACACACUCAUUGUGUGGAAGAGUGACAGGAAUCCCUCCCCGGAGGCAAGAUCUUCUAAAGGUAUCAAGAUAGAUGGCCUCGCUCUCCAUAUUGUCACGCACUACUGUAUUUACAUGUAUCUUGUUCUGUUCUCCCAACCUGAGAAGAAUGUUUCGAUAGGCUUACAUGAACCUUUAGGGAAGUGUGGUAUAAAGGAGCCUGUGCAGACUGUCUCUGGAAUGGUGCUGAGUAAAGAUAAGUACCUGUGCAAGGAAAACUAUGAUGAAGGUUACUAUGACUUCCAUUGUCUUCCUGGGGGUAAACCCCCCAAAGAUGGUCUGGACUGGUACACUGUAUGUGGGACUCCCUUCCCAAACCACAUGGAAUACAUCUGUGUCAUCUUUUUUGCAUGUGCACUGGGAUUAACAGUAUUCUAUCACAUUUUCUUUUGCUCAUCUGCCCCAGAGAAGCCUGUGUCAAAUGGAAAAUCGAAAAAGAUAAAAUCAAACUGACAUUAAAUAUGUUUUGGUCAUUUUAAUUAAAGAAAACUGAAUGUGUUGCACAAUGUGAGGUUUUUAUUAACGUCUUCAAUACAUAUUUUCAAUCUAUAUAUAAAUCUAGAGGGUGUCAUUUUUAUUCAGUUGUUUAUUCAAAAAUUUAAUUAUAUGUGUGUAAGUUUAUUGAUGUCUUGCCAAAUAUACAGGGUUGCUUAUAAUAAUAUGUAUGUCCGAUUAUGCAAGAGUGGUUAUAAUCUAACUUACUCUAAAUUUGAAGUUUCAACUUUCAGAAAUCAGAGCUAAUUGAUUUAUAGGGUGACCCAAAAAUGUAACCAAUGAAUAAAUAUUCGAAAUACCCAUGUUUCACUUUGAUCCUAUGACUGUGAUUCACACUAUGAGAACUACACGUACAUUGUACCUAAAAUUUGGCACAAGAUAAAUCAAUAGGAUCCAAGCAUUAUUGACAAACUUUUUUUUGGGUCACCCUGUAAAUGCUUUGACGUAGUCUUACAUUUGUGUCUGAUCCUCCACAUACUAUCAACCUCACUAUGAUUUCCCCAUCAGGGAAAGGAAAGGAGGGGUGGAGGGGGUACAUAAAUUGAUGUUGUGGUAUAUAUUGUAUAUUUAGUUUACAUUGUAAUUAUGGCAGUGGCAUGAUUAGCCAAAUCCGUUAGAUACAUGUAUGUAUGUUUUUAUAUUUAUACAAUUUGUAAUUCAGACAUUGCUAAUGUAACAUUUUUAUACAUUCAAUGUAUGGGAUGUAAUUCUAUUUGUAUGAUUUUCAAAUGAAUUUUGGAAUAAAAUCAAUUGAAUAUAAGAA